AUGGAAAUAAAGGUAGGACGAAUUCAUGCUGAAAGGUUACGUAUAAAGAUUGGUUUUGAAGGCUUAUUCUAUGUGGACAGUGUAGGUGUGGGGGGUAACUUGGCAUUAUUAUGGAGGAAGAAUAACACUGCUAGGCUAUUGAGUUUCUCGAAGAACCAUGUGGAUAUUGAGGUAGCUAUAAGGGAUGAGGUAUGGCGUAUGACAUGUUUUUAUGGGUUUCCACAGCGGAAUAGGCGGAGGGAGGCCUGGCAAUUGUUGAGUGGUUUGAAGGGUAGGUCUACGCUGCCAUGGGUAGUACUGGGAAAUUUCAAUGAUCUCCUAUAUCAACAGGAGAAAAGAGGGGGAAAUCCACAUCCGGAUGACCUUUUGCGAGGCUUUGGGGAAACAUUGGAUAACUGUGGCCUAAUCCAAUUACCGAUGAGAACACAUCAGUUUACAUGGGAGAAGGGUGAAGGUACGGAUGGAUGGAUAGAAGAGAGAUUGGAUAAGGUACUCGUAACGGCACCAUGGACUGAUAUACAUGGGGGGCCUGGGGAGGUGGUAGAGACUGCCUGGCAGGAUGGAAGGGAUAGGGGUUUGCUGAAUUGUCAGCAAUAUUGUGGUGGUAGGCUUAUGCAGUGGGGUGGGGAUCACUGGAAUAAAUUUGGUGAUCAUAUAAAGCAGUUGAGAAAUGAACAAGAUGCACUACGACACCGGAGGGAUUCAACUGCUUUGGUUGAGUUUCGGCGGAUCGAAGUCAUGCUGGGUCAGGUGGAAGUUCAGGAAGAUGUGUUUUGGAGGCAGAGGGCUAAGCAGCACUGGCUCCGUGGUGCUGACGCCAACACAAAAUUUUAUCACAAGUAUGCCUCUGCUCAUAAACGUAAGAAUUAUAUUUCUAGAUUAAAGAAUGAUGUUGGUGAUUGGGUAGAGGGGGAUAAUAUGAAGAGGGUUAUUUUGGAUUACUAUGCAGCUAUUUUUGCCUCUUCUGAAUCUGUGUGUGAGGAUCCCAUGUUUGAUGAUUUUUCUCCCCGUGUGACUCAUGAGCAAAAUAUUGCUUUGUUACGUCCCUAUGAAUCUGAUGAGGUUGGGAGUACUUUAUUUGCGAUGUUUCCUGAUAAGGCACUAGGGCCUGAUGGUAUGAACUCGGACUUCUAUCAGCAGUUUUGGGAUAUAAAUAUGCCUGAAACUGUAGCUGAUAUGAGGCCAAUUGCUCUAAGUAAUGUGUUGUAUAGAAUUAUGGCAAAGGUAAUAGCUAACAGGAUGAAAUCGCUUAUGGGUGACAUAAUCUCGGAAUCGCGAAGUGCUUUUAUCCCUAGAAGGCUAAUUACUGAUAAUAUUCUUAUAGCUGCGGAGGUGGGACAUUAUUUGAAUAGGAAACAGUGUGGUAUAAUAGGUUGGGGGGCCUUAAAGUUAGAUAUGGCUAAGGCCUGUGAUCGAAUGGAAUGGCAAUUCAUGCGAAGAAUGUUGGAGGAGGCAUGUGUGUUAAAGGAGUGUCUGAAACGUUAUGAGGAGUUGUCUGGGCAGAAGGUAAAUUAUCAUAAAUCCAAUAUACGUUUCAGUAAAAACACCAGGGAAGAGGACAGGGAGAUGGUUGCAGAAUGUUUGCAGGUGGAUCAGGCGCCCAAUUUUGGGAAGUACCUGGGGCUACCCUCUUUUAUUGGAAGGAAUAAGAGAGUGGUGUUCUCCUAUAUUGAGGAUAAAGUUAAACAAAGGAUUGGAUCGUGGAACAAGAAAUUGCUUUCACAAAGGACUAUGAACAGGUAUUGGUGGGGAAGUGGUGGAGAAAGGGGGAUUCACUGGAAAGCCUGGGAUAAACUAUGUGUCCCUAUGAAGUUUGGUGGUUUGGGAUUUAAGGAUCUCAAAAGCUUUAAUUUGGCUAUGCUGGGAAAACAAGCAUGUCGUUUUCUCACAAACCCCAGCUCCCUGGUUGCAAAGGUUUAUAAGGCACGAUAUUUUCCCGCUACAUCUUUUAUUGAUGCCAAGGUGGGCAGUUGCCCAAGUUAUGCCUGGAGGAGUAUUAUGGCGGCACAUGAUAUGGUUGUUGCAGGGACUGAUAUGCCUGAGGAACUAAGACAUGCUAAAGUUGCAGGUUUAAUUGAUGACCAGACUAAUAUGUGGGAUCCCCAUAUCUUGUUAGAUUUAUUUAUUACUGAGGAUGUCAAUCGUAUACUCGGGAUCCCUGUAAGCCCUGGUUAUGAUGAGUCAUGGUGCCCCAAAAUGGAAGACUUUUCUGUGGAGAGCAGCUUACCUGUCACAAAUAUUAUUACAGAUUCUUUCCCUGCCUGGCUAACAGCUGCACUUGCAAUUUUGACAAAGGAACAGAGUGGUGUUUUGGUGGCGGUUUUAUAUCAUUUAUGGCAGAGUCGCAACUCAGCCAUGUGGGAAAAAACACUCCCUCACCCCGCCGGUCUAUGGAGGAGGGCAUCCGCGGCCAUGAACUCGUACCGUCAAGCCAAUCACCGGCCUCCGCUCUCUGCUCCGCACGAACCAGAUAUAGGCGUCCACGUCAGGCCAAGGUGUUAUGUAGAUGCAGGCUACCGGCACGCAACGGGGGAGGCCACCUUCGGUGCGGUGCUACUCUUGUCGGAUGGAACGUUUAUGGCAGUGCAAAAUGGAAGGCUGCCAACUUGCUUCUCACCAUUUAUGGCGGAAACCUUAGCUUGUAAGGAGGCUCUAUCCUGGUUGCUCGAAUGGAAUAUAAUGGACGUGGAUCUACUCACCGAUUGCUUGCAACUCCGGAAUGCCAUGCGCCAGGAAUCAACGAUUAUAAUGUCUUAUGCUGGCGUCACAGUGGACCAAUGUAGGUCGAUGGUGGCUUCGUUUACUUAUUGCUCGUUAAGUUAUGUUUCUAGACAGGUUAAUUCAUCUGCACAUGUUUUAGCUUCUUUAGCUUUUUCUCAGGACCAGUUCAUGUUAUGGGAUUCAAUCCCUCAUGACUCUAUUGCAGCUUUGCUUCAUUAA